ACCUUCUCGUCAAGGUUUAUCUUCCUCACAGCUGCGAAAGACUUUCCAAGUUGCGAGAGAUGCUAGUGACGGAAAGUACGUGGCAUUUGAACAAGCUUACGUCCGUGACGACGUUCAUCCGCGAGCAGCAGGCUAUGGCGGCGAUGCACUUGUUUCCAUUACUGGAAACAAUACUCUCGGCUUCUCCUCCACGAGAAAUAUCAAGAACUCAAAGCCUUCCACCACAACUGCGGUCAAAGCUUAGACGCGAGUACAACGAGAGUCAGCUGAGCUCUAUCGCUGCUGUCGCCGACCAGAUGAUUUCUCUCAUACAAGGGCCACCAGGAACUGGAAAGACAAGAACAAUCCUCGGCAUUGUGAGCGCAUUGCUGGCCCAUGCAAACGAGGAGGCUGGCAAAGCCGAGGAACACGAGAUGCUAGACGUGCUAACAGAUAAGCACCAAACUAAGUUCCGAGAUAAGCUGAAAGCUACAAGGAUCCUUGUCUGCGCUCAGUCCAACGCAGCCGUGGACGAACUGGUGACAAGAAUCUCAAAGCAUGGCGUCUACAACUACGAUGGAGGGACUUACUGGCCCUCUAUUGUCCGCGUUGGGGACACGAAGAGGGUGCAUUCCCAGGCAAUGGCUGUGCACAUCGACCGGCUGGUGGCGAAGAGAAUGGCUGAGAAUGCAGGGGUACACAAUGCGCACUCUCCACAGGAACUAAGAUCCAAGCUCGAUGAAGUCCUGGGUAAUAUGCAAGCGUUAGCUGCUCCAGCCGAGGUGGAAAGUCAGGAUGGGAUCCCGAAACUUGACAAGCUAGCAGGUCUUCAAGAGCAGCAGAGACUGCUUUUAUCAGAGCUGAUCAAGGUGGAAAAUCGCGAGCAUGGCUUUCUUAUGGGAUCAAACCGAAAGAAGAAACAAGCCAUGAAGCUUGAAGUUUUAAGAGAAGCAGAUGUGGUACUGACGACGCUAAGCGGCUGCGGAGGUCACAUUUACUCGACUUUGAUGGAAUUCAUUGCAACGAGAGACGCGCAGGCCGCGGAGAUGCUGUUCGACGCUGUGAUCAUCGAUGAAGCGGCACAGGCCGUGGAACCAUCAACUCUGAUACCGCUUCAGCUGUUGAAAGCGACUCGUGGGAAGUGCAUCCUGAUUGGGGAUCCUAAACAGCUACCAGCGACUGUUCUCUCGGUUCCAGCAUCAAGGCUCCUGUUUGACUGCAGUAUGUUUGAGCGUUUCCAAAAGCAUGGCUAUCCGGUCAGCAUGUUAACAACGCAGUAUCGCAUGCACCCUGAGAUUCGAAGCUUUCCAUCGACACACUACUACGGUGGCCAGCUCAAAGAUGGAAGCACUGUUCUACAUGGGAACCGAAGCGCUACCUUCCACCGCGAAAGGUGUUUCGAGCCAUACAGGUUUUUUGACAUUCGAGACGGGCAGGAAAGGCCAGGUUCGAUGCAGUCGCUUACCAAUCCCGACGAGGCAGAGUUUAUCUUUCAACUCCUUCGUGUUCUCAAAGAGAGGUAUCCGGAGGAAGUUCGCCCCGGGAGGAUUGGAGUGAUCACUCCAUACCAGGAGCAGAGAAAAGUUCUCCAAGAAAACAUGAGGAGUUUACACUCGGGGAUCGACGUAAACACGGUGGAUUCGUUCCAGGGGCGAGAGGCAGACAUCAUCGUCCUCUCGACAGUGCGUGCUUCGUUUGGAGACUCUCAAGCUGGUGUGGGAUUCCUCGCGGACGUCCGGCGCAUGAACGUAGCACUGACGAGGGCCAAGUUUUCGCUCUGGGUCGUGGGAAAUGCGAGGACGCUCGAAAGAAAUCCCGACUGGAAAGCUCUUCUCCAAGACUGUAGGAGAAGAGGUCUCGUGUCGAGCGUGAGAAAGCCCUACCACAGCGCAAUCAACGGCUUACACAGCUUCAGCUGACAACUAAAUCGAUCCAACGGUUUUAUUCUGCAGAAACGUAUUAACGAUAAAGAUUGCUCCAGCUUGGGUUA